AAAAUAUUCUUCGAAAAAAGAACAUAACAAAAAUGACUAGAAGCUUUUUUCAUUAUAAACUAUUCUUAUCAUAUUUAUUAUAUUGGACAUAUUUAAAAAUAUUUAUAAAGUAGGUAGCUUUGUAUUUUUACGUUAGGUCUACUUAUUUGAUAGUUUUAAGCCAGAAGUUCUAUGAAUGAUGGAUCGACAGCCUAAGAAUAGUUCGAAUAGUAUUUUUGUUGAAUCUCAGAUGAGAUUUGAUGAAGGGACAUCUUCAGCGGCAGACGAUUCGAGAGACGAAAUGUUUUCUGAAGGGAAUGCACAAUGUAAUAAUCUCCCAUCAGCUUUCGCUACACCAAAAAAAGUUAAUGGCACACGAUUUUCUAUGUUGGCUACCCCACAACCUCAACAGACGUCAAGUUCUUCACAGAAUUCGAUUAUACAAGGAGAAAUGAGUAAAAGCGUAAAAAAAGGAAUGAGCAAUAUUAUUCGAUUUAUGCAGAGUUGGGAGAACGAUGAUGCAAAUAUUAAGGGGAAAAUUGAUCGACUUGGCGAAGUAUUAACUAAGAAACUCCAAGAUUUAGAGAGUAAAAUGGACCAAACUACAGAUACUUACAAGAAACAGAAUAACACUAAUCAGCAAACAUUUCAAGACGUCAAAGAAAGUAUUGAUAUCAUAAAAAAAGAUAUAAAGACAAUCUCUCAUUUACGGGAGGAAAUAGUUCAAGAGGCGAAGGAUGAAUUGGACAAAGCAGAGAAAAAAAUUUCGCGAAAAGUUUUUACUGAACUUGAGGAUCUACUUAAUUUGACGAAAAAGGACUUGAUGAAAUCUAUAACUACAAACAAUGGAAAUUCUUCCGAUGAUAUAAAAGCAACUAUUAAGAGCUUACUGUCAAGUAGUAAUAUGAAAUAUGAAAUGGGGCUACAGUCUCUCAUUCAAGUUUUCCAGAGUGCAAUAUCUCAGAGUUUAACUGCCAGUUUUGAUAAAAUACGAAAUUCGUUGACACAAACUGUUACAACUGAGAUAAGAAACAAACAUAAAAGUAUAGAAAAUCAUUUUACACGUUUAGAUUACUCUUUAAACAGUACAGUUGGGAAAUUGGGAGAAGCUCUGCAAAAGUCAAGUUUUUUCGUUGACGUUAAAACUAAUGAUGCAUAUAUAGACAAACCAGAAGAGAGCGACUUGAAUAAUACAGUAAUCAAAAUAGAAGAAGAAAGCCCUGAAAAAUUUAAACCUCAGCUAAACUCCGAUUCAAAUAAAAACCGUCAAUAUUGUCCAGAAUAUUCGUCAAAUCAGAUAACAAAGCUACUUGAAGCAAAUAAUACUGGCGUAAGAGAAAAUUCAUCAGAAAAGACGAUGGAAAAUUCGAAUUACGCAUUAAAGGAGACUAGCUGUCAGGGAAAUUUAAAUGGCAUGGUUCCAGAAAGCGAAUAUGAUAGCGAUGAGAUUGAAAGAAUGUCUUUAACUCAAUUAAGCACUGGAGAGUCCAAUAAUAAACAAACGGAUUCGCCUUUUAUUCCAAGCUCUGACUCAGAUUUUCAAGCAACACCAGAUAUCAAUACUCCAGAUAUUUGCCAUGAGCGAGUUCGAUCCCUUCGUUCGAAUUUUAGAAAGCCUCGUAAUUCAGUCAGCCCCGAAUUAAACGAAACUUAUUGCCGAAGAAAAAAAUCUGACACAAAGCAACAAAAAAAGAAAAUAUCAGAGGGAAAAAGGCAGGAUAUGUCAAUAUCAAAAUCAUCUCCUAAAUUGAAUUCAACAAUGAUUUCCAGAGUCGAAAAAAGAAAAUUUUACGAUAUGAGUGAAGAUGAAACUCCUGUUUUUGAGCGCAAGCGAAGAGGACCUAUGAAGGCUUAUGGAAAAAGAAAUCGUCUUAUAUAA